GCUUGGGACUUGACUUCCUAUUAUUAGUCUUAGUCUGUUCCGCGUUGAGUCAACACACAGCUUGCAGAGUCCCGGCGUCACAGUGUGGCGUGGUGCCCUGCCCAGGGGUGAAGAGAAGUUCCACUUUUGAGCUGCUUACAGCGUGGCGAAGCUUGCUUUCCCGGCAGUCUCUGCUACCAUAGUUGGUGGUUUCUGGUGACGUUCAAGUUUGCAGCUGCGCAGUACGCCUGCGUUGGUAGACGUCGCCCCCUAGACUCUAUUUCCCAAUGUGCCUCGAGGUGCCGUGAGGGGUUGCGGGUGUUGUAGUCUCGCUGCCCUUCAGGCUGGUCCAGCAACCCGCAGGAUGUCGGAGGUGCGGCUGCCACCGCUGCGCGCCCUAGACGACUUUGUCUUGGGGUCUGCGCGUCUGGCGGCUCCUGAUCUAGGCGAUCCACAGCGAUGGUGUCACCGCGUCAUCAAUAAUCUCCUCUACUACCAAACCAAUUACCUUCUCUGCUUCGGCACCAGUCUCGCUCUGGCCGGGUACAUUCGUCCACUGCACACCCUCCUGAGUGCACUGGUAGUGGUGGUGGCUCUCGGGGUGCUGGUGUGGGCUGCUGAAACCCGCGCAGCUGUGCGCCGCUGUCGUCGCAGCCACCCAGCUGCCUGCCUGGCUACAGUGCUUGCCAUUAGCCUCCUCAUUCUCUGGGCCGUGGGCGGCGCUUUCACCUUCCUGCUCUGCAUCACGGCUCCGGUGCUUUUGAUCCUGCUGCAUGCUUCACUGCGCCUGAGAAACCUUAAAAACAAGAUUGAGAACAAGAUCGAGAGCAUUGGUCUAAAGCGGACACCAAUGGGGCUGCUCCUAGAGGCACUGGGACAAGAGCAGGAAGCUGGAUCCUAGGACCCUGGCAUCUAGACAACCCCCACACCAUACCCAAGAUGGGAGCCUUUUCUCAGCCAUUUAAAAACGAUUCUAGAGCCCUCUGGCCUGUCAAAAAUAAGACACCUAGCCCUAUUACCUAGGGACCAAAGUCUUCCUCAGCACUGAAUUGGAGACUCAGUCACUUACAUCCGCCUUGAAACGGGGCUUUUAAUCCAGUGUAUCCAUGGCCAAUCUCAAAACAGGACCAAGAGAUACUCCCCUAACCCAAAUCUGGGACUCACUGGUUUUCCAUACUUCAAAUCUAGGGCCUGGAGCAGGACAUUCUCAAAUCUUGAACUCUAAACUAAGGAUUUUUCAGACCCCAUCCAGCUUGGAACCCAGGUUAAGACAUGGCCAAAUCUUGAGCUUAAAUCCCAAGUGUCCUCAGCCCUAACCCCAAUGAACCCUUGAGCCCAGAUGACCCUAACCCUCAGCAGACCCAACAGCCUCCCUCCAACUCUGUUUAGAGGUUUCCUCCCUCCCCCACAUUUUCCUGGUGUUGAGGACCAAGGUGUGGGGCUGCCUAGGGAUAGCCCCAACUGGGAAUGGAGCACAUACAUUAGCGUUCCUGCAACAAUAAAGCCGGUUGAAUCUCAAGCUAA